AUGGAUUAUGCAAACAAAGGUAAUUUAAGAGGAAACUUAACAAGAAUAAUUAAAAGUGAUUGGAAUCAAAAAUUAUAUAUGUUAUUUGAAAUUAUUUCUGGACUUGAUGAUAUACAUGAACAAGGGCUUAUUCAUUGUGAUUUUCAUGAUGGAUUAUGUAAACCUGUAAAAUCAUUUUUGAAAAAAUAUGAUAUUUAUGGUGUCAUACCAUUUAUGGCUCCUGAAGUUUUAAGAGGCAAAUCUUAUACUCCAGCUAGUGAUAUAUAUAGUUUUUCUAUGAUUAUGUGGGAAUUUACAUCUGGGAUACCACCAUUUAAUAAUAGAGCACAUAAUAUUCAACUUAGUUUAAGUAUUUGUAAAGGUGAACGCCCUGAAAUUAUUGAAAAUACUCCACAAUGUUAUGUAGAUUUGAUGAAAAAGUGUUGGGAUGAAAACCCAUUAAAAAGGCCAUCUUCUAAAGAAGUGUUAAAUAUUAUUAAAAAUUGGAUUGCCUCUCCAUAUAAUGUAAAAGUUAAAGAUUUUAAUGGAAAAUUAAAAUACUAUAUUAUGGAAUUUAUAAAUGCACCAAUUGGGAAUGACAAUAAUCUUGCUACUGAAUCUCAUUCACAGGCAUAUUAUACAAGUCGCUUACUUGAUUUUACUAGUAAACAAUUGAAUGAAAUUCUUGAAAUGAAUGAAAUUCUUGAAAGUGAAGAUUCACAAGCUAAUGUAAAAGUGAAUAAAAUGCUAGUAUGUAAAGAUUUGGAUGAUUGUUUAAUUUAAUUAGAUAUUAAACCAGAUAAAAAAUAACCAAUUAUUUAUGUUUUUAUAAGAAUUUAUAGUUUUUUUUAAGUAGUAUUUGAUGUCACACAUUAAACAGAAAUUGUUGUUUAG